GGGUAGAAGUGGUUUUCAACAAGGGCCGCCUCUCCAGUUCGUUACUCAAAGCAACGCCGUGCUAGAAAGUGAAAAAGGAAUAGACUUGCGCACGUACUUAUCUUGUGCUCGUCGAAGUAGAAAAACCCCGCAUAUAAUUUUAUCGGCUUGGAAAAAGAUACUUCCUUACUUACUUGCCCGGGACGAACUUCUUUUGCGCAUUGCGCCACGGAGGAUUUUUGCAGCGCCGCCCGGCGGCUUUGCAAAGACCAUGCCAAGGAUUAACAUCGCGAUGAUUCUUAUCCCACGAAAAAAGUGCUACAGUUACACAUUUGUUGUCAAUUCAGCAACGCAAAUUCCUCUGCAUGAGAGAGAAGACUUGCAAUGCAGAAAUCCUAAGGGAAAACGCCUAUGAAACGAAGCUCCUAUGCAUAUCCGACAUGACAGAGCUGGUCUGUCUUGCUUGGCCUGCAACACAGUGUGUAUCUUUAACACUUUUUUCUUGCGAUAAUUCUGCCUGGCAACGGGUGCGACGAGGACACGCUUGUGGGCGCCAACUGGUAUCUAUGACAAUGCACAACUCCCCCUCCUCCUCAUUUGUAAUGCAUGAACGGCAACACAAGCAACGGCAGAAAUGGGCCUUCUGCAUGACAAAUCAACACACGAACUGUAGUACUGUUUCAGGUUCCGAGAGUUGUCAUGCAAACAGUGCUUCAGCACAAGUGGUGGAUUCGGUAUUUUGCAUCACAAAUGAGGGGGAGGGGGGUUGUGCACUUUCAUAGUAUCUGUGGCUCGCGCAGCAGCUCCAGACCUGCGUGCCGAACCUGAGUAGCGUGAUCUGCAAGCCGAUGCCCGAUCCAGACGUCGCGCGAGCGAGCGUGUUAUCAGCUGCAAAAGUGUCUGGGUCUGGAAACUUGUGAUGCUGCGCUGGGGAUGGGGAGUGCUCUAUAAUGCACAGCCACGCAUGCGAAAUAUCUGCGCUUCUUUGUGUUGCGUUUUUCGCAUGACAAACUGCGUUUUUGCACGACAGGCAAAAGGGUCUGUCUCUUCUUGGACACGCAUCGCAAACUUUUUGGUCAUCCCAGACAAGCAUGACAAGUCUCGCAGUCUUCCAGACCCAGACAUUUUUGCAUUUGAUACGUGUGGAUUCCGUUUGUGGUGAAAUCCUUGCGCGAAGAGAUCGAGGACCACUUGGCAAACGAAUUAGAGGUGGAAGACGUUUCCGAAGUUGUCGGUGCACCAGUCGGUCAAGAACACGGUGCUAGACCUCCACGUAGCACAAAGAAAGCGAACAUCUCGCUCCUUCUCCUGGGGCACAGUUCCGGCGCGCAGUGCUUGAUGCGCCUGGCGGAGGUGAUGGACCCGGCGUUUCUGCGGGAGAAUCUAUCCAUUGCAAAUAUGUCUGGGUCUGGAAAGGUGGAACUUGUGUUGCAUGUCCUGCAUUUCUGAAAACUCUGUAUUGCAUAGCCAUCAAACGGGCGACUCUUUUGUGAUGCAAAAACGCAGCAGCUUGUCAUGCGUGCUACGCAUCAGACGGCGCCAACUAAACUUGUCAUGCUUGGCUGCACUUUUUGAAAGCACCAGACUCAUCCAUGCUUUGGCAUCACAAAUUGCCAGACCCAGACCUAUGUACAGUUGAUAGAAACUGUGCCCAAAUUAUAACGACGCGGCCGGUACUAGUUUUGAAGUCCUGUGCACCAAGCCCGUAUUCUACCUGAUCUCGCCCUGUGUAACGCAUCUGAACAACAGCAACGAGCUGGAGUCCGGGUACUAUCCCAAACAGCCAAAGUAUCACAGGAAAAUAAAAGUGUUACAGUUACACACAUAGUCUAUGCAAGACCGGCAACACAGAUAACCUUUCUCAUGCAGGAAAUACUUGGGAGCCUCAUUUCCUUCCUGUUUUAUUUCCCUUAUGAUAUUCGCAUUACAAGUUUUCCCUGCCACACAGAGAAAAUUUGUGAUGCAGAGCCUCCAACAAAUGUGUAACUGUAACACUUUUUUCUCGUGAUAUAAACGGACUCCCGGAUAAGCCGUGGCAGUGGGAGAGGAUGAGGGGAAACGCGGGAUAUCCAGUGCAAAUAUAUCUGGGUCGGGACCACGACAGGUGGAACUUGUAAUGCAUGUCUUGCAUUCCUGGAAAAUCUGUGUUGCAAGAGCAACAAAAGAGCAGCUUCCGUUGUCAUGCAAAAACGUAAUUUGUGACGCGUCCUAGGCAUCAGCAGGCGUGUCCGAAAAAAUUUUGUCAUGCUUGGCUGCCAUUGCAAGCGCUUCAGUCGUCCGCAACUCAGCAUGACAAGUUUCCAGACCCAGUCAUAUUUGCAAUGCAUGCGGGAAAAAUUUUCUCCAUUUGCGGGUCGGACGAUCCCUUCAUACCACGGCGCGAGUUCGACGAGGUUGCGAGCUGCCUGGACCUUGUCAUGCGGAACAAUCAGCACGGGAAUGAUCAUGGGGACGAAAUUACGCCAAACCCGAAGAAGGAAAAUAGGAACGGCUUCUACCAGGCCAUCGUGUUUGAGAACAAGGGGCACUUCAUGCAACAAACCUGUCCGGAGCUGCUGCAAUUGCUCGUCCAAGAAUUUGCCAGCUGGGAUCAACAUUGAGAGGGGACCACAACAAGGAGCGCGAAGUGGAAUUGAACUGUGUUCGUGGUGAUCGAAACUAAGGCUGGAUGACUACUUAGUAAAGCGGCUUAAAAUAAACUAAAAAUAUUAAUAUACGUCCGUGCACAUCAUCAGAAGCCCCUCGCUUACGAAAACAAAGCGUCACUUUCUUUGCAAAGAGAUGAAU